AGAGAGAAGAGGAGGAGCUCGCUGAGAGAAAGUCCGAUUUCUUUCCUGUGAUUCAAAUCGAGCGAGCGUGCCAUACCGACUUGCUGUGUGUGAAUGAGAAGCAUCACAACUGAACAAGAGAAAUGUGGAACCUCUUGGAAUGCCUCACUCUCCUGGCUGUUCUACACUUCUGCCCCCUACAUGCAGCCAUUGGCCGCACCCCUGUGAUCUCUCUUGAUGAAGACACUCUUUAUGGUUUCAAAGUGUCCUGUGUCUCGGGGGGGUGGUACCCCAAACCUGAUCUGCAGUGGACGGACGGGAGAGGGCAAGUUAUAACAGCUAUGUCUGAAACCAGCGAGGAGCAGGAUGGGGAGGGUCUGUACACUGUCAGGAGUUAUCUGAGGACACCCAAGCUGGAGGGGGGCCAGGUUUCCUGCGUCAUUAAAUACGGAGAGGACCAGAGAGAGCUGCGAUCGAGCGCUAAAAUCGUUGCAGGAGAUAGUGUUCCAUCUCUUCCAGGCUGGCGUGUGUCGAGUGUACUUCUUUCGGCUGCUUUUAUUUCUGUUCUGUUGUUUAUAGGCAUCAGCCUGGGGAUCCGGAGGAGUUGUAGCUGGCGGCGUUACAAAAUUAGACCCGUGCGCCUGUUUUGAUCUGAAUUAAAGGUACAGCGCAACCACCUUGCUGUGAAGAGUUGCAUAUGAAAACAAACAACCAACACCUGGCAGCGUCUCGAACAGUACGUCAGAAAUGAACAUAGCUGGAGUCGACAGCCAAUGGGAAAGGACAGGAUUUAUUCAGCAUUACUUUUGUUUUUGUUUUAAAACAGUGUUUAUUUAUUUAUUUUUUUGCAAUUUCUUAAUAAAGUUAAACUGAGCUGCC